AUGCCUUUGGAUGAUUUCCUAGAUCCAUCAGACGAAAACGACGCCGACGAGCCUGAUUUGUCUGAUAUAAUCUUUGACUUAUCGGGUGGUGGCGACGGCGACGGCGACGGCGAUGGCACUGAUGACCAGGAUGACGAAUAUAUAUCUGGACCACCACCAGAUCUACCAUCUGGUGCUACAGUUAUCAAUAGCAUGCAGGAGGCGCUUCUAUGGGCUCAGCACCAACAGGGUGCCACUGAGGAGAACAUUCGCCAGAUAGAGAGUCUAAUAAGUCGGUUUACUAGGUUUCAGAUGGAUGCGAGGAAACAGACGACGCUAGAGGGGUUCAACUUCCUAAUGCGGAAGUAA